AUGACGUUUCUUAGAGCUAGAAUCAAAGCCAUCAAGUCCACUUACAGAGCAGAAGUGCUAAAAGUAAGGGAAUCUAAAACUAGUGGAGCAGGAGCCAAAGAUGUUUACAAACCAAAACUGGCCUGGUUUGCUGUAGCAGACCUUUUUAUGGGGGAUGUAGUCAUCACAAGGAAACCAAAAACCAACUUGCACUUCAAGGACAUCCUGUCACUUCAAUCAUGGGACAGAGUCUAUCAGGCAGCCACAGCAGACGAGGCUUACAUGAACUUUAUUGAUACCCUGACAAUAGCCCUUGACAUCACAUGUCCAUGUAAAAUUUGCAUACGGAAAAAAAAUAGAGGAAAAAUUCUAGCCCUACACAACCCAGAAGCUAACAGCCUUAGAAAAGAGUUCAUCCUGGCGCUUGACAAAUAUAAAAAAACUGGAAAUGAAACGCCUCAAACUCCAGUAGUUCCAGUACUAUGUACACAAAUGACAACACCAUCAUACAAAAAGAGGCGGUUAAGCAAACUGUCUAAGGUAGAGGUGGCCAUUGACAAGCUACAAAAGCUAACUGAGAACAGGCCUUCAACUUCGAGGAUCCCAAUUGACGAAGUUGAUGCUUUUGGCAAAUAUGUCACAGCCCAAAUAAGGGAACUCCCUCUAGUAAACAGACUUAAACUUCAGGAAAAAAUACAGAGGCUUAUUUCAGGGGAACGAUUAAAGCUGUUGGAAGGCCCACGUAGAGCAUCUCCAAUGAUUUCUGGCAGCUCCUCCAACUACGGUCAGGGUUCAGAUGACGAGAGUAGAGAUAAUUUCAUCACUGAAAAUGAAUUCAUCUACAGAAAUCUGACAUGACUAAACCGGUUUGUAAAAUCUUUGUGACAAUUUGAAUUUAUUCAAUAAAGAUUUUGUUCAAAAAA